CUCGAGAGCAACAGCGAGGGCAAGCUAUGCCCUGCUGGUCUCGCGGCGUGCCCGAUCGAGGGGCGUGGCGAGUUCCAGUACGAGUGUCUCGACUCGCAGUCGGACCUCCAGAGCUGUGGUGGGUGCGCGAGCAUGGGGACAGGCGAGGACUGCACGGCGAUCCCAGGGGCGAGGUGGAUGGGGUGCAGGGUGGGCAAGUGCGAGGUCUACUCGUGCAAGGCCGGGUGGAAGUUGAACAAGGGGCGGUGUGAGAAGAAGUGA